UUUACCUUCCUUAAAUGACAAUUUUAAUGAAUAAAUUUUCAGCUAUCUGGUAACCUUGAAAAGAAAAAAGCUGUGGUUUAUCUGUGUUUCCAUCUUUUCUUGCAGUGUUUCUAAAUUUGAUCUUUACUUGAAUUUGACACCAUAUUUUAAAAUUAAACUGAUGGUCUGUUUUACUAAUGAAUAAGUAAAUACAUGAACAAAUACAGUGGUGUGAUGUAACUAACUACAUAUAUGAAGGUACAAUGGUUAAAUGCAGUUUUGAGGUAAUAGUAGGCUAUGCAUGGGGAUUUGCAGUGGAUAGUAGAUAUUAUUACUUUUGAUAAAUAAUUUGUUGGUAAUUAAGCAUUUUUAUUUGGAUAAGAUUUUACUGUACUUUGUGGGAGUAUAUAUUAAUGUAAAGGAUACAAAUAUUUUUUCCCACAGACAAAAUGUUUCUAGACACAUUAGAAUGAGACUGAUGUUGCUGUUCUAAUGCCAGACGUUUAUUUUGAAACAAAAACUUUAUUUUGAAGGCACCUCACCUUACAACCGGAAAAAGACUUAUUUCAUUUCCGCUGAAUAUUUUUGCUCAAACAGCUGCAGCCCACGGCGGAUUGAGAAGCAAUAUAUUACGAUUACUUUGCAGUUUUUCAUCCACAACAAGUAGACAGGGUCUGCGGCCAUCACAAACAUGUCGCACACAAUUUUGCUUGUCCAACCGACCAAGAGACCUGAGGGCCGCACAUAUGCUGACUAUGAGUCAGUGAAUGAAUGUAUGGAAGGUGUUUGUAAAAUGUAUGAAGAGCAUCUGAAGAGGAUGAAUCCAAACAGUCCCUCCAUCACUUAUGACAUUAGUCAGUUGUUUGACUUUAUUGAUGACUUGGCAGAUCUUAGUUGUCUUGUGUACAGAGCUGACACCCAGACAUACCAACCAUACAACAAAGACUGGAUCAAGGAGAAGAUAUAUGUCCUUCUGCGGCGUCAGGCUCAGCAGGCAGCAAAGUAAAGGCAUCGGUGACAGGUUGUCCUGCUGCACACACCUGGAAGGAUUUUACACUGCUCUACAUUUCCACAGCAUCUUCUAGAUCUGUGUAUAUGGAUGACAUUGUCAGUUUGAUCAGGGGUGGGUUUUCACAUUAUCCCAUACAUUGUGAAAGCAAGGGGUUUUGAAAAAUGGGGUAAAUUCAGACAUUUUGGGCUUUAUAUUGAAAUGGAAUUGUGCUCUGCAGUAUACAUGUUUGUUACAUGAUGAAGAGACAGGGGCUAAUGGCUGCAAGGACUAACUUAUUGAUGGAGAGGGAUCCCUGCUUGGAGAGGUGCUCCACAGGCUAGAUACAAACACUUUUUGGUUGUCAAGUUUUUAGUAGUGUGCUUUCAGUUACCUUAAAAGUUAUGUGACAUGUUUUUUUUUUUUUUAUACCUUUACUGGGCAGUUGGAUUUGAACUCGCUGUGGAUUUUGAAUGCAGGUGAUUUAUUUUUGAAUGAGUAAAUUUCUGAAGACCGUGUCACCCGUUAAUGUUCUUAUCCCAGAUGAUUUCUUUUACAUAUUUCAUCUGAUAUUAUUAUCGUUACAUGACCUUCUAUCAUGAUGUAAAAUGCUGUUAUUGUAAACGUUUUGUUUUGCAUAAUACCUGAUUUCAACUAUUCCCGUUGUUGUUUUCUUUGAUUUAAACGAAAUAAACGAUUGUUUUCUGA